AUGUCGAGAGCACGCGUCCUUGAUGGCAAGAGGAUCUCCAAGGCCCUGCGUGCAGCGCUCACAAGCGACGUGGCCGCACUCACCGCUGUACAUAAACGGGCGCCAGCACUUGGACUCAUUAUGGUCGGCGACCGCAAAGACUCGGCUUUGUAUGUUCGCCACAAGCACGCUGCCUGCCGUUGUGCAGGAAUCCGCUCGGAGAACUUUUUCUUUGACGAGUGCGUGUCUCAGGAUACUAUUGUGCAGAAAGUGGAGGAGCUGAACCAAGACCCAACGAUUGACGGCAUUCUCGUGCAGUUGCCUCUGCCUGGGACGAAGCUGAACGCACAGCAGAUUAUUGACCGCAUCCGAUAUGACAAGGACGUGGAUGGUCUUCAUCCCUUUAACGCUGGUGAGCUUGCCAUGCGUGGACGGUGUUCCUACUUGAUCCCAUGCACAGCAAAAGGGAUAUUGGCACUGCUGGAUGACCAGGACAUACCGUUGCGUGGCAAGACAGCAGUGGUCAUUGGGCGCAGUAACUUGGUGGGCAGUCCCGUCAGCAUGUUGCUACAGAAGCGUAAUGCCACGACGAUCCUGUGUCAUUCAAAGACGAUAGAUCUUCCGUGGUAUGUACGUCAAGCAGAUGUGGUAGUAGCGGCAUGUGGACAGCCGUAUCUUGUGCGAGGUGAAUGGCUGAAGCCUGGUGCGACGGUCAUUGAUGUCGGUAUUAACUUUGUUCGUGAUGCGGGCGGCACGUACCAUGGAGAGGCAAACGCUGACGGUUUCAAGCUCGUCGGUGACGUCAACUUUCCUGAGGCGUGUAAAGUGGCAGGUGUCGUUACACCUGUACCUGGUGGAGUAGGACCUAUGACUAUCGCGAUGCUGCUGCACAACGUCGUUGAGUCGUUUAAGCGCAGAAUGGACAGUGGAAACACGGCUGCGCUGUGA